AUGCAACCCAGUGAAGAGCUAGUGGAGGUGCAGUUCAUUGAAGGUGCGGAAGUUCAGACGAUUAAAAUCGGGGGAAAUCUCCAAGAACCUCUGAAGGGAGAUUUUCCUCUCGACGAGCUUCAACUCGACAACGCGUUCCUUGUCGACAUCCUGUUCAGGUGGGAAGGUUCCACGCAUGGAUUCACACCGAAUUGUCGAUUGUAUUUAGCAGGCUCAACCAUGAAUACUCCUUUUCAAAUUUUGCAUGUGAAGAAACAAAAUCUUCAAACGCUUUUGUAUAAAAAUGAUGAGAAACAGCUCACGUGGUUAGCAGCUGGAUCCAACAACAAACUCAGCAACACGAGUAUGUACUCAAAUGAUUUGUUUGUGUUUGGUGCACCAGAAUAUUAUCCCUACAAUCUGGAUGGCUUCUUGAGCUUCUAA